UGUCCUUUUCUACGCGUAAUGUCAAAACGCGGUUGAUGCAGCCGUAGACGGUCGCGCGUAGGCUCACAGUUUCUAGCGCCUUCGUCCGCACUCGAAAAUGUUACCAAAAAGUUCGUGAACUUUUUUUUAUUCACAAGUUUUACGCGGGAAAAUGAGCAAAAAGUCCAGUAGUGAUAAGUCGUUAUCACUGAAAAAUGUAUCGAGGAAUCCGUCUACGAACAACGCAUCGAACCCAUCUUCUCUGGAGGAAUCUUAUGAGCUCAAGCCAUCAGACAUCGUAUACUCAGAUGGAGUCAGCAAGCUGACACGUGCUAAAUACGAGCCUCUAUUCCCUGAAGUGGAGGAGGUUCUGGGACCGACUCCCGCGCAGCUACCAUGCACGCUGGUCUGGAGGGACCUGAGCGUGCACAUACGGGUCAAGGGAGGAGCCUUGAAGAGGCUCGUCAACAAUGUAAGCGGCAUCGCGAAGCCCGGCACGUUGGUUGCGUUGAUGGGACCGAGUGGGGCUGGGAAAACAACAUUGAUGUCAGCUCUUGCUCAUCGAAGUCCAGUGGGGACUGUGAUCGACGGGGAGAUAGCAAUGAAUGGCCUUCCUGUGGGAGACUUCAUGCACAGGGAGAGCGGCUACAUGCAUCAAGAUGAGCUGUUUGUGGAGAACCUCACCGUCAUCGAACACCUCACUGUUAUGGCCCGACUUCGAAUGGACCGACGAACCUCCACCUUAGCUCGAAAAAGACGAGUGAAUCAGCUCCUAAGGCAGUUAGCUCUAUAUGGCGCGAGAUACACCCGCAUUGGAGGGUUGGAUGGACACAAGACUCUUUCUGGUGGAGAGAGGAAGAGGCUGGCGUUUGCUACCGAGCUUCUAACAGACCCCGGUCUUCUCUUCUGCGAUGAGCCUACUACCGGAUUAGACUCCUCAUCAGCUCAGAAGCUGAUGUCGCUCCUUCGCGCCAGCGCGGCCCAAGGCAAGACGGUCAUCUGCACCAUCCACCAGCCUUCUUCGGAACUGAUGGCGUUGUUUGAUAGACUGGUGCUGCUGGCUGAAGGGAGGGUAGCUUUUGCUGGAAACGCUUCGGGCGCUCUUAGUUUCUUUGAGAGCCUCGGCUACCACUGUCCUCUCACAUACAACCCUACGGAUUACUUCAUGAAGGUGCUAGCGAUGACUCCUGGGUCUGAGGCUGCGUCACGACAGGCGGUGAAGAGCAUCUGCGACCGAUUCGCCGUCAGUGACGCGGCUAAGGAACUGGAUAUGGAGAUACACUUGGAAUUCCAUUUGAUGGAUAAUGAGGAUGAGGAAUCGAAGCGAGUCAAACAAGACAACUUCAAGGCACCAUUCUUCUUCACGAAGAUUGUCUGGUUGGUGUACCGGUAUAUGCUCAUCAUCAUCAGAGAUCCGAGAGUGCAACUGAUUAGGAUAUUGCAGAAACUUGCCAUAGCUCUCACAGCAGGGCUCUGCUUCCUAGGCACAGCACGGCUCACACAAUCCGGCAUCCAGGAUGUCCAAGGAGCGCUCUUCAUCAUCAUCGCUGAGAACACCUUCAGCCCUAUGUAUUCCGUGCUCCAUAUGUUCCCGGAAGAGUUCCCGCUGUUUCACAGGGAGUUGAAGGCGGGACUGUACUCCACGCCGAUCUAUUACGUGUCUAGGAUGAUUGCUUUGUUCCCGGGGCUGGUGGUGGAGCCGACGCUUUUCACAUUAGUGGUGUAUUUCAUCGCGGGGCUGCGCAGCACAGUCUACGCCUUCGGCUUCACCGUCUUCAUCUCCAUACUGGUGCUCAACGUGGCCAUCGCUUGUGGUUCGUUUUUCUCGUGCGCGUUCGGGUCGAUGCCGGUGGCGAUCGCGUACCUCGUGCCCUUCGACUACUCGCUCAUGAUGACUUCUGGCCUCUUCGUCAGGCUCAGCUCGAUACCAAAAUACGUGUCGUGGAUCCGGCACCUGUCGUGGCUGAUGUACUCCAACGAAGCCAUGAGCAUCGUCCAGUGGGACGGCGUGGAGAAUAUCAACUGCCUGCAGAACACCACCGGAAUGCCGUGCCUCAGCACGGGAGAGGAGGUCCUCUCUCGAUACGAUUUCAAUAGCGGAGACCUAUGGGACGAUGUUCUAGCACUUUUCGUGCUAUACCUAGCCUUCCACCUACUGGCACUCAUAGCUCUCCGCCAUAGGACAAGGCGAAAAUAAUAUAGCGUUAUUGUUAUUGAACUAUUUACUUGUGGUGUCUAUACUAAUAUAUUGUGUGAUGUAAAUAAGGUCAAUAAAUCUAUGUAAAAGAUGUUAUUGAA